AUGGCGCCGCCGCACAGGAACGGAGGAAACCGGCUGAGCGCACUCCCCGACAAGGCGCUAGAGCGCGUCCUCUCCCACCUGAUGUCCGACGAGGCGGUACGCACCAGCGGGCUCUCCCGGCGAUGGCGCCACGUCCACGAGGGCGUCCCCGUCGUCCACCUCGUCGACACCAAGUCAGGCGAGCGGUACGGCCGCUCCGGGAGCGACCUCAAGGUCUGCUUCGACCACCAGGUGACGAGCGCGAUCAUGGGCAAGGGCAUGGCGACGCCGAUCCGCGCCUUCCGUGUCAGCGCGGUGCACCCCCCGUACGACCUGCUCGACCAGUGGAUCGCCACCGUCGUCAACUCCGGCGUCGAGGACCUCGACGUCAAGCUCGGGUACUGCGCCGACUCCAUGGGCACGCUCUGCCCCUUCCUGCGCUGCCCCAUCCUCGGAACGAAGCUCUCGGCGGACUUCGACAGGCACGACACCAACAGGUACACCGGGACGCACCCCCACAUCUUCGGCUGCCCCACGCUCCGCCGGCUGCGCCUCACCAACUGGACGCUCGACCUGCCGGGGAGCGUGGACAUGGCGGCGCUGGAGACGCUCUGCCUCGCCAGGAUCAUGGACCCCCACAGGGAGCUGCAGCAGCUCAUCACCGCCUGCACGGGCCUCGCGAACCUGACGCUGGAGGAGUGCCCGAGCAUCAAGGAGAUAGCCGUGACGCCCGCCCGCCUGCGGAGCUUCGCCAUGAUCUGCUGCCACCACGCCACGGGCGUCCAGCUGCAGACCACCUGCCUAGAGUCGCUGCACUACAAGGGCGGCCUUCCUGCCCGCGGCUCGUCCUUCAUCACCGUCGCAAACUACAACGGAGUCAAGGCGGUGAGGAUCGAAAUCUGCGAAAAACUCACCGGGAACCAUGGCUGUGAGCAACCAAACGAUGUUGCGCCGGUCACAAACCUCAUCCGCCGGUGCGCCAGGCGGGCGUAUCUUCACCUUUCCUUGCGCCCAUCCAUGGCCUGCAACAUGUUCACCGGCGUCCUGCGUGGCCUGGACAGCCUCACCCACCUGAGCCUCCAGGGCUGCCUGCCCACAGAUGACGCCGUCCUGUCGGUCUCCACCUUGCUUGCCGAGGCCAGGAACCUGGAAGUACUCUCGCUGCAUCCUCUAGGUCCAGAGCCUCCAAAGAAGAAGAGGAAGAGGAUGCACAGGGACCAUGACGAUGACAGAUCAGAUUCAGACAGUGGCCCAGAAGACGGCCCCACCGACGAUGGCGUCAAGUACAGCAGCCAGAUGCCCGAGCGUCUGCGGCAGACGUACGUCAGGUGCUUGGCUCACAAGGUGAGGCGAAUCAGCAUUGCAAACUUCCAAGGGCGGCCUCUUGAAAAGAUGCUUGCAAGGUUUCUGCUCUCCAGGGCUGUGGCGUUGGAAGAAUUCUCUGUUACCUUACCAGCUGGAGUUCAUCCGCGGAAGGCUGAGAUCACAAAGGAGUUAAAAUCCUGGCGACAGAAUCGCCGUGCCAGAGUCACUUGUAACUUAGAUUGA